AUGGCGUUCUUCUGCACUGUUUUAAUCUGGUCAGCAUUUCUAACGGACUUUACUGUAAAGACCGAAGAGAAUGUUGGGCUGACAUUUUCACAGCCAUGUUACAAACCCAUCGUAGAUCAAAGACCAUCAUUUGUUAGAACCUAUCCAAGACCACAUGAAUACCUUAAUGUGUCCGACCUCCCUGCGUCCUGGGACUGGCGCAACAUUAACGGAAAAAACUAUGUGAGCGUCACGCGCAAUCAACAUAUACCUCAGUACUGCGGCUCCUGUUGGGCUAUGGGAUCUACCAGCGCUCUCGCAGACCGCAUCAACAUUAAGCGGAAGGGGCAGUGGCCGUCAGCGUACCUGUCCGUCCAGAAUGUAAUCGAUUGUGGGAGGGCGGGGUCAUGUUACGGAGGUGACCAUUUGGGCGUGUAUGCUUACGCACAUGAGCAAGGCAUUCCAGAUGAAACCUGCAACAACUAUCAAGCCAGAAACCAAAAAUGCAAUUCAUUCAAUCAGUGUGGCACAUGCUCCUUCUUUGGAUCAUGCGAUUCACUGAAGAACUACACUCUGUGGAAAGUAGGGGACUAUGGUGAAGUCUCAGGACGAGAUAAGAUGAAGGCUGAAAUCUACGCCAACGGACCUAUCAGUUGUGGGAUUAUGGCGACUAAUGGGCUAGAGGCAUAUGACGGGGGCAUCUUUGCCGAAUUUCAUGUCCUCCCACUAAUGAACCACAUAGUGUCUGUGGCGGGAUGGGGCGUGGCAGAGGAUGGAACAGAGUACUGGAUUGUCAGGAACUCUUGGGGUGAAUUUUGGGGUGAACACGGCUGGGCGAGGAUUGUUACCAGUGCAUAUAAAGAUGGCAAAGGGAACUUUUAUAACCUGGCCAUAGAGAAGAGCUGUGCUUACGGGGACCCCAUUGUGAUCUCAUGAAGAGUACUUCUGAGCUUGUCAUAAGAGAACGCGACAGUGGAGAGGAGAGUGAUGUCAUAGAGCAGUCUUUCCCAACUCUGCGUGACCUAACUGGUGGCGCAAUCUUGUUUCUCGCAAAAUACUAAAACCCCCGAUUAAGCUCGCCACAUGUGUGAUGAUCGGCAGAACAACUGUUUCAGAUGUUCUCUCGUGAGAUUUCCCUAAAUAUUUUGGACUGUUUCUUCAAGGAGGCCACACCCCAUCAUUUUGGUGUCAGAAUAAAGCUUUUCAUUUGGGCUUGCUUUUAAAUACAUUUGCACAUCAAGACAUCAUUGCACUGCACUGCUUGAUGUUUGUAAAGUGCAUCAGUGUUAUGUAAAAACUACUGUUACCAAAUGUUGACUUAUAUCAGCAUUCAAUAACUGUAUCUACUGGAUCUAAUCACACACAUGUGCAGUUGCACAUUGUCCAUGUUCUUACAUUCCUCAGUCUUUUACCUGUGAUAUGCUGGUUAAUAAA